AGUGCAUUUCUUCGUUUUAAAUCUUGAGCAUAAUAAUCGCCGAAAGGUGAAUGUUGUUACAUUUCCUUGGCAAGUUCCACCAAGUUCUUCCUUCGAGCAAUUAAUAAGCAAAAAGUGCACAAUGAUUUUAAAAAUUCUUCGUAGCAGUCCCAGCCGGGUUAUCGCACGGCAAAUGCAUAGUACGGGCGGUUCCGGUAGGAGGACAACUGUGAUAAGAAACAUUGCCGGUGCCGUAUGCAUUUGUGGAACUACGGCCACCCUAGCAUACCAUUGGCUGAAUCGGAAUGAAGUCCAAAUGGCAGCCGUUGGUUCCAGUCACAAAUUUGCCAGCGUUUCCCGGUAUAUGGCCGAACCGAUCACCAGCCGUCAGGUGCUUGAUGCGAACCCUACCGAUAUGAAGUGUCGCAUGGAGGAGCUGGUAAUGCGGAUUCAGUACAACUUUUGUCGCUCGCUGGAAGCGGAAGAAAACUUCGGCAAGAAGUUUCUGGUGGAUCGCUGGGAACGAGAGGAGGGCGGCGGUGGAAUUACCUGCGUGCUGCAGGAUGGCGAUGUGUUUGAAAAAGCCGGUGUCAAUAUAUCGGUGGUACAUGGAAAUCUACCCCAGGGUGCCAUUCAGCAAAUGCGCUCUCGCGGUAAACAGCUGGCCGAAGGUGAGCUACCCUUUUUCGCCGUGGGCGUAAGCGCCGUAAUACAUCCACGCAAUCCCAUGGUUCCGACGAUCCAUUUCAACUACCGAUACUUCGAGGUGACCGAUUCGGCGGGUCAGAAACAGUGGUGGUUUGGCGGUGGUACGGAUCUUACACCGUACUAUCUAAACGAAAAGGAUGCGGAACACUUUCACCGCACACUGAAGGAAGCAUGCGAUCCACAUGACCCUGCGUACUACCCGCGGUUUAAGGAAUGGUGUGACAAGUAUUUCUUUAUACCGCAUCGUAACGAGAGCCGUGGUGUCGGUGGCAUUUUCUUUGAUGAUUUGGAUGGGCCAGAUGCCAAGCAAGCGUUCGAUUUCGUGUCGUCCUGCGCACAUUCCGUCGUUCCAUCGUACCUACCGUUGGUUCGGCAACACAAAAACGACCCGUACGGCGAUCGGCAACGGCAAUGGCAACUAUUGCGGCGUGGCCGUUACGUUGAGUUUAAUCUCAUAUAUGAUCGCGGCACUAAAUUCGGUUUGUACACGCCUGGUGCGAGAUAUGAAAGCAUUUUAAUGUCGCUGCCACUGAAUGCGAAAUGGGAGUAUAUGAAUAUCCCAGUGGAAGGUACGGAAGAAGCGGCUAUCAUAGAGGUUCUCCAGAAACCCAAAAAUUGGCUGAAAUUAUAAAGCAGACGAUGCAUGUGCGCAUGAGAACGAGAUGGAAAACGAAAUUCAAACUCGGUCGGAGGAACACCGAGGAAGUGUAAAAUGUAUGAAACAGAACUAUGUACUAUAUUGAAUAUAGGAACAAAAUGUUGAUUUUUUAUAUGCAAAUAAUUUUUAGUUUCACUGAUUUUUAUCUCACAAUACUAGGGCAACAUUAUGUGUUUU